UGAACCCGACAGAACCUCGAGCGCUGGGCCGCUGCAGAAAAGCAACGUCGCCGCGCUUUGCGUGCUUCAAGAUCGACAUCCCUGGUCGGCCCAGCAUCCAACUCACCAACUACAUCUCUGGCAAGGAGGAUAUCGACGCUUGGGCGCAAAACGUCCACCACGACCGGAGGUGUCACUGUCAACGGUCUCAAUGGCAUUUCGACAUCCGAGUCGCCAAUCUCUGGCGGUGCUGCGCUGUUGCGACGCGGGUCUAAAAGCGAGAGCAUGAGCAGUGCGGAAGACGGCAGGGAGUCAGGUGACUCUUCCCAGCGUAGCCUCCGAGCUGUCAAUUCCAACACCAGCGCAGGUUCUGCAAAGCGUCAGCUGGGUGAUUCGAUCGUAGAGGAGAGUGAGGCAGAUUCUUUGCAAGGAUCUUCCACACCAUCAUCGAGCGCGACGACGGAAGCCAAGGGCAAAUGGAAAGCGAGCGAGAGCGACGGAGGCUGGUCAGUGCCACCCUCGGCUGCCGAGCAACGAAGACUGGCGUCAGACAAUUACGAUUCGGCAGCUGCAGCCGCCGCUGCAACUGCAAACGCUUCCCCAACAACUCCAAGUGGCAAUCCGUUUGGGGAUGAGAGCGAGGCGGCCGCCGCGCGAGAUUCUCCCAACAAGGCACGGUCUCCUUCGCGGAGGAGAAACAGCGCGACGGAUCAAUCGCCAGGUCGCUCAUACUCGCAAUCGGGCAAAGCUACACCCCGCAGACCCAUCGUCACUCCAGGCAGAGCGCCGAGCGUCCGAUAUCACGCGGAAAAGUCUGGCAAGUACGCACCAGCUAUCGUAGCAACCGAUAUGGACGUAGCAGGCAGAGAAGCUGGCAAUCCAUUCAUCGGGAAGGAGGAGGUAGAGGAUGCAUCUCGGAGCAGGUAUGCGAUGAGGGGCAGUGGAGCAUACAGCAGCACCAUCAAUCGACCCGCGAGACAAGCGAGCGCUUCCGGACUGAUGGAAGAUCUAGUAGAAGAACCUAGCACGCCAACGAGUGCUGCGCCGAGUGCUGCCCAAGAUCCCGAGAGGCGCACGAGUCAGCUGGCUCCUCCUCGCACUAGCACUUCUACGAGUCGUUUCAACGAGGUCGGACUGGAUGAGGAUGACGCUUGGAGCCCCACCAUGGAGGAGCCGUCUGCUGAUGCAGGACGCAAUGCUCAGCCUAGAGCGGAUCCGAUCGAGAAUGAAGGGCGCAGGAAACCUUGGUGGACGGAGCUGCUUUGUGGUUGCGGUCUCGCUCCUGGUGCUGACGACGAGCAGACUGGCAAGACAGGACCGGAAUAGUCUCUGAGCGCUCCACGCCGCUCAAACCCCACAACUUCUGCAAUUGAAUGUCGACUGGUCCGAUUCAGCAUCUCUCAUCAUCUUGCAUCCACCACCUUCUGCCUUUCCCAAAGUUGCGGAUAUGUCUCUCGUCCCCCCCCGCAUCCAGUGUCUC